CGCGCGCCGCUCCCCGAGAACCCCGCGCGCCAGCCGGCCCGCUUCUUCCCAGCAGUCCCUGCCUAGCGGCCGUCCCCGGUGAGCAGCCGGGCGCCCGCGCGCCCGCCCCGAGCGCGCCGCCGCCGCCGCCAGCUCCGCCCCCUCCUCGAGCGGGCCGCGCGCUCCUGCGGCUCCGAGCAGUGUCGCGGGCGCGCGCGCCGCCGGCGGAGCCGCAGUUAAAAUGGUCCGAGCGGGACCUCGCGUUCCCCCCGCCGCCGCACUGACUGACUGAGCCGGCGAACCAGGCUUGGACUGGUCGCCCAGCCGGCAGGCUCGCUCCCUCCGUCGCGUCCCCAAAGCUCGCGCCCAUCGUUCUCCCGGCUUCCCGGGGCAAAGCAUGUAGCCCCCGUCGGGCGCCCGGGCGGCCCGCAGCUGACGCCCACCCCCCACCGUCGCGUGUGUGCCCGUGUGUGCGUGUGUGUGCGCAGGGCGGGCGACCCCGCAGCGGGCCUGAGGCCGAGCCAGAGAGCGGCCUGCCCCGCUGCUGGAGCUCGCCUUUCGGGGCCUCCUUACUUCCCUGUCCCGGUCCCUCUCCUCGGGGCCUUCUAUAUGGGCCACCUUCUCUCGAAGGAGCCGCGUAACCGCCCGAACCAGAAGAGGCCUCGCUGUUGCAGCUGGUGCCGCCGCCGCCGCCCUCUCCUCAGGCUGCCCCGCCGGACCCCGGCCAAGGCGCCCCCCCAGCCGGCGGCGCCCCGGAGCCGGGACUGCUUCUUCCGCGGGCCCUGCAUGCUCUGCUUCAUCGUGCACAGCCCCGGCGCGCCCGCCCCCGCCGGCCCAGAGGAGGAGCCGCCGCUCUCGCCGCCGCCGCGGGACGGGGCCUACGCCGCGGCCGCCUCCUCGCAGCACCUGGCGCGGCGCUACGCGGCCCUGGCUGCCGAGGACUGCGCUGCCGCCGCCCGCCGCUUCCUGCUAUCCUCUGCCGCCGCCGCCGCCGCCGCCGCCGCCUCGGCCUCGUCGCCCGCCUCCUGCUGCAAAGAGCUGGGGCUGGCCGCGGCCGCCGCCUGGGAGCAGCAGGGCCGGAGCCUCUUCUUGGCCAGCGUGGGGCCCGUGCGCUUCCUGGGGCCGCCCGCUGCCGUGCAACUCUUCCGGGGGCCGCCGCCGCCGGCCGAGCCCCCUACGCCCCCAGAGAUGGUGUGUAAGCGGAAGGGGGCCGGGGUCCCCGCCUGUACCCCGUGUAAGCAGCCCCGCUGCGGCGGUGGGGGCUGCGGCGGCGGCGGCGGCGGCGGCGGCGGCGGCGGCGGCGGGCCUGCCGGGGGAGGCGCCUCGCCGCCGCGGCCCCCCGACGCCGGCUGCUGCCAGGGCCCCGAGCAGCCACCGCAGCCUCUCUGCCCCCCGUCCUCCUCUCCCACUGCCGACGGUACCCCCACAGAGGCCGGCGGGGACGCCGUCCGAGCGGGGGGCACCGCCCCCUCGCCCGCCCAGCAGCAGCGUGAAUGCGGCGACGCGGACUGUCAGGAGCCCCCCGAAAACCCCUGCGACUGUCACAGGGAUCCACCCCCCGAAACCCCAGACAUCAACCAGCUGCCGCCAUCCAUCCUGCUCAAGAUAUUUUCCAAUUUAUCCCUGGAUGAGCGUUGCCUUUCUGCCUCGUUGGUUUGCAAGUACUGGCGUGACCUUUGUUUAGAUUUCCAGUUUUGGAAGCAGCUGGAUCUUAGUAGUCGUCAGCAGGUCACUGAUGAAUUAUUGGAAAAAAUUGCAUCGAGAAGUCAGAAUAUAAUUGAAAUCAACAUUUCUGAUUGUCGCAGUAUGUCUGAUACAGGCGUAUGUGUUCUAGCAUUUAAGUGUCCUGGACUUCUUAGGUAUACAGCCUACAGGUGUAAACAGCUUUCUGACACUUCUAUUAUUGCGGUUGCCUCUCAUUGUCCUUUACUUCAGAAAGUUCAUGUAGGCAACCAGGACAAACUUACUGAUGAAGGACUCAAACAGCUGGGCUCAAAGUGCAGAGAACUCAAAGAUAUUCAUUUCGGCCAAUGUUACAAGAUCUCAGAUGAAGGCAUGAUCGUCAUAGCUAAGGGCUGUCUGAAAUUACAAAGAAUAUACAUGCAGGAAAACAAAUUAGUAACAGAUCAGUCAGUGAAAGCAUUUGCUGAGCACUGUCCUGAACUUCAGUACGUUGGCUUCAUGGGUUGUUCGGUUACUUCUAAAGGAGUCAUUCACCUAACCAAGCUACGAAAUCUUUCCAGCUUGGACCUACGUCAUAUCACUGAACUGGAUAAUGAAACCGUGAUGGAAAUUGUCAAGAGGUGCAAAAAUCUUAGCUCUCUCAAUCUCUGCCUGAACUGGAUCAUAAAUGACAGGUGUGUGGAGGUCAUUGCAAAGGAAGGACAAAACCUGAAAGAGCUGUAUUUGGUGUCCUGUAAAAUCACAGAUUAUGCACUGAUAGCCAUUGGCCGGUACAGCAUGACAAUAGAGACUGUGGAUGUUGGAUGGUGUAAAGAAAUUACAGAUCAAGGAGCCACCCUGAUUGCGCAGAGCAGCAAAUCUCUAAGAUAUUUGGGACUGAUGAGAUGUGAUAAAGUCAAUGAAGUGACAGUGGAGCAGCUGGUGCAGCAGUACCCCCACAUCACCUUCAGCACCGUGCUGCAGGACUGCAAGAGGACCUUGGAGAGAGCCUAUCAGAUGGGCUGGACCCCCAACAUGUCUGCUGCCUCCUCCUAACACUCCUGCUCCCGCGUAGGUCCACUCGGAUCAGUCAGCAGGGCGGAGAGGAGCAGGAGAUUUGGGGCAGGCGAUCCCUUGGAAGGGUUUUAACUGUUCCACGUGUACGGGUGUACCCGAGUGUGUAUAUUUGUGUCUUGUUUGCAUACUGCAUAGCAUAAGCGCAAUUGCUAUUUGUUCCCAGGUGAGCUGGGGUUCUUUUUUUUUUCCUUAAAAAUUAAAGAUUUCAAAAGCCACACACACCUUUUAGUUUUUAAGUUCAAAGACUUGUUUCUCUAAAAAUUUUUUCUUCCUGUAGAACCAAAAAAACAUCGGUCUAUUAUUUUGAGCUUCUAACUACUGCCUCUUGAAGACGCCCCAAAAUAAAUGCAACUGUCUUGCCUUUUGAUGGGAUAGAAUCGUGCACUUCUGCUGAUCACCAGACCAGAAGUGAUGUUGCACUAAUUGGAAACCAGGAAACCAGUACCCUGCAAAAUUUCAAGCACGUACACACAUAUACGUUCUUACACUCCUUCAUAAACAUGCACACGUGCAUGCGUACACAACUCCAGGGCAGUUUCUUUCUAGACCAUUUCUGACACAGGGGCCUUCCUCCAGGUCACUGAGGAAACAUGUCAUCCACUGUGGCUCUGCCUAACUCACUGUAUCCACAGAUGGUCAACUUGCUAUCUGGAGAUGAUGUAGGGACUAGAGAGAAUUAAGCCUUCUGUGAAGUUUUUAUAUGGAGGCAACGAUCUGAACUCCCCUGGCCAGCUCACAAAAGUUAAUUAUUCAUUAUUUUGCAAAUGUGUUCUGUUGAGUCCUGAAUAUUUCAGUGAAGUUUUGUGUUAACGUUGUGUUAGCUUUUAUUUCACAGAUAGUAACUGGUCCAGAUAUAUUUUAAUGAUAUUUGGAGCUAACCUUAGCAUUCUCCACAUUAAAGGCACCAAUGUAAUUAAUAGUGCGCAGUUAUUUAAAAACAACCCUACCGAUCAUUUAUUUUUUUGUUAAUUUUGGUAAUUAUGAACGUGUAUUUCUGAAAUUUGGAGGUAGUCACAUGAAUAGAAAAUUAAUGAGUGAGAUAUAAGUAGACAAUCUUCCUAUUACUUUCUUUUUUUCUUUUUUUUUCUUUGCUUUGCUUUGAGCUUUAGAACAGGUUUUAUGGAUAUAUGCAUGUUAUUUUUGAAUAGUUCUUGUGCUACUGCAAAGAUCUAUUGCUGGUUAAUGUAUGAGUUAAGAGGAAAAAUUAGAAAGUCUUUUCAUUAAGAUUUUGUUUACACUUGUCAGAAAUAAGCAUUUCUUUGUUUAAAGAUUGCCAGCUUUCAGUUAAGACAAUAUCGAUAAGUAAAUGAAUAUGUGUUUUGAUUUCACACAUCUUUACAAUUAAUUCAUAGUAGGGACUCAGGCUCAAGUAAACUUGCCUGUGUCUAGAUUUAUAAUCAAGACCACAGGGAGCCUUUUUAAGCUAAAGAGUGAUCAUCUUUCACAGUAGAGCUAGAUACAAAACCCUGACUUGUGAGUUUGCUAUUUAUUCUCCCCCAAUGUGGACAUAACUGUUUUUUUUUUUUGGUCUUUAACAGAUAUACUAAGGUUUGAGUUUCACUUUCUGUAAGCCCCAAUAUGGCUAAAAUGAUACUAGCUGUAAGAAACAAAAUAUAGCUUUACAUUCAAAUACUAUUCACUUAUUUAUAAAGACUCCUUUUUUGUAAACACUGUUUCCUUUGAUUACGUCAACAUGUUUCUGAUGUGGCAUUGUUUUGCUUUUAAUCCCAAUCAGUUAAGAAAAUCUACUUAGUAAGCACCAAGGGUAUUUUUUCCAUCACUAGAUAGAUUACUAAUUUAAUUUGAAAGGAAUACAAUUUGUGUAAGAUUAAAAACUGUUUAUUAUUAAUAAAAGAGUUCGUCUUGCACAUCAAAUAGUAUCGUUUUCAUAUUCAUUUCCCCACCACUGAAAAAUAUUUUAAUUCACAAUAUUUUAACUGGUUUUUAAUCCAAAACUAAUUUAUAAGACAGUAUGUAUAGAAAUAGUAGCUUGAGUGAAUAAGCAAAAGUUUAAUUUUUAUAUACGUCACACUAUAUUUUAAAUAGUUAAAAAAAAAAGGGAGAGCCAUUGAUGAUAUGGAUGGUGCCAUUUCAGUUCAAAGUUGUCAUCUUUAGAGUGUUACAGUUUGCUUGUCAAAUGGUUUCAGAAGUGUAAAAUUGAUUUUUUUUAUAAUGUUGCGUUGUUUGAAUCUCAAAUACAGCACUAUAACAUGCUUUAGCUUGGGGGUGGGGUGGGGUGGGGAAUUUGCACUUAUUCUUUAAGAUGUUGACUAAUCCAGAAAGCCUGAUGCAACAUAACCUGGAAAACUGCUUUGGUAUAUUUGUAGAAAUCUGUAGAAACAUCAUAUCCAGCCUCAAAGCAUUAAUCUCAAAAAAACAACCAGAAAAAAAAAAAAAAGCAUCACCUUGAGUGAUCCUAUGAUGGUUGUUGAAUGUGUUCUCAUUAGAUGCUUUGAAAUGAGGCUUAAAAUGAUUUCUGGGCAAUAUAGUUUCUUGUUUUGCUUAGAAUGUCAUAAAUAUAUGUGAACACGUUUAAUGCAGGGCUUUGUAUCCUCUCCAAAAUGUCAACAGUAUUUUCAGAAUAAAGACUAUGAAAUAUAUUGCUGUAGUGAAAAAUUCUGGUCCUUUGUCUUUAAUGUCUUUUUGAGUGGAUAAAGGAAAUUCGCCCAGUUUGUAGUUUCUAUAUUUCCGUGAAUCUUUUGACCUUGCAAUGGGUUGCAAUAAAAGAGAAACAAAAUA